AUGGCCCUGUCUGUGCGCAUCAGUGGGGGAUCCAGGCAGUCCUGCUCUCGGAGUGGGCUUGGAGGGGGAUCUCUGAGAAUGGCCACGUCUGGGGGGGGAGGAGGAAGCCUUGGUGGCAGUGGCCUUGGGUUUGGUGCUGGAUCUGGUGGAGGCUUUGGUGCUGCUUCGGUGCUUGGCUCAGGCUCUGGCUUCAGCUCAGGGUUCGGCAGCAGUGCAGGGGGAGGCUUUGGGAGCAGUGCCUUUGGGGGAGGCUUUGGGAGCAGUGCCUUUGGGGGAGGCUUUGGUGGUGGUUUAGGUGCUGGCUAUGGAGGUGGCUUAGGAAGUGCUUAUGGUGGGGGGUUUGGGAGCAGCUCAGGCGCUGGGUUUGGAGGUGGCUUUGGCCCUGCUGGUGCUGGGGAUGGAGGCCUCCUCUCUGGCUCCAAAAAAGAAACCAUGCAGAACCUCAACGACCGCCUGGCUGCUUACCUGGACAAAGUCAGGUCCCUGGAGGACGCCAACACGGAGCUGGAGAGGAAGAUCCGGGAGUGGUAUGAGAGGAACGGCCCUGGCACAGCCAUGCCAGGGGUUGGGAAUGACUACAGCAAAUUCUGCCCUGUGAUCGAGGACCUGCGCAGCAGGAUCAUCACAGCCACCAUCGACAAUGCCAGAGUCAUCCUGCAGGUGGACAACGCCAGGCUGGCUGCUGAUGACUUCAGGCUGAAGUAUGAGAACGAAGUGGCUCUGCACCAGAGCGUGGAAGCUGACAUCAAUGGACUGCGCAGGGUCCUGGAUGAGCUGACCCUGACCAGAGCUGACCUGGAGAUGCAGAUUGAAAGCCUCAAUGAGGAGCUGGCCUACCUCAAGAAGAACCAUGAGGAGGAGCUUCAGGGCAUCCAAAGCAGCACAGUUGGCCAAGUCAGUGUUGAGAUGGAUGCUGCUCCAGGGACCGACCUGACCAAGCUCCUGAACGACAUGAGAGGGCAGUACGAAGUCAUCGCCGAGCAGAACCGCAGGGAGGCUGAAGCGUGGUUCAACGAGAAGAGUGGGGAGCUGAAGAGGGAAAUCUCCACCAACACUGAGCAGCUGCAGUCAGGCAAGAGCGAGAUCACAGACCUGAAACGGACCCUGCAGAGCCUGGAGAUUGAGCUGCAGUCCCAGCUGGCCAUGAAAAAAUCCCUGGAGGACACUUUGGCAGAAACAGAAGGAGGUUACUGUGCUCAGCUCCAACAAAUGCAGCUCCAGAUCGGGAACCUGGAGUCGCAGCUGUUCCAGGUGAGGGCUGACACGGAACGGCAGAACGCGGAGUACCAGCAGCUGCUGGACAUCAAAAGCCGCCUGGAGAUGGAGAUCGAGACCUACCGGCGCCUGCUGGACGGCGAACUGCUGAGCUCAGGACAGGGAGUUACGUUUGAAAGCUCAUCCUUGACGGGGUCCAAGUCACAAACACAAUCCCUGGACUCUUCUCAGGAUCCUACCAAAACCAGAAAGAUCAAGACAAUAGUUGAAGAGGUGGUAGAUGGCAAAGUUGUUUCAUCCCAAGUUAAGGAAGUGGAAGAGAAGAUCUGA